UCUUUUUUUUUCUCAGUGAAUCUCUUGGAACUCCCCCCCAUCAUUCCCCUGAUAACUCCCCCAGGUGCCCUCUGGUGCCCUCUGACCUCUCCAUCGCCUCUGCCUCUCCGUGAGCCUGCUCUCACAUUCCUCCAAGACACCCCAGCCMUGAAACACGAGACCACGGUGAGCUCAUCGCCACUCUCAGGAGUUAGAGGAGUUAAACAACAACAAAAAAAGACAACCAUUGUUGGACGGGUUCGAACUGGUUGUGUGUGUCGGUGUGUGAAGGUUCAGGCUGCUCAGGGGUUAAGUUACAUACACUCCUCACACAAGAGGAGGAAGCGAAACGACUGCCGGCGUCCUGCUCUGUCUCUCUCUCUCUCUUUCAGCUCUUUCUCGCCUCUCUGACUGGUGCCUGUAGUUUCCUCCCGACACACGUCUGCCGCUUGCUGCAUGCUGCCCGACAGACGCUGCGCUCUUUAAAGAUAACGAGCCCUCACUACCCUGCCGUCCGGGAGCUGUCCUGGGAUGCGUGUGUAACUCUGGGAGGUCACCGCUCUCUCUCUGACCCUGAUCUGACCACCAGCUGCCUCAAAAACGGUCUCUGGAUCCAAAUGUCACACCACCUGGACGCUGCCCCGGGCGGGGACCAGCAGUGUGUGACGUUGACGGGCGUGUGGCGAGGAGAGGAGAGAAGGAGGCCCCGGACACGGUAGCUCUCAGCUGCGACUUGGCAUUAAAUUGGCCCAGGCUUGGGCUUUGAGGAGGAGCUGAGACUGUGGAGCCCUGCCAUGGUCUAAUAUAUCAGCAUGGAUGGAGUCAGAGUCAGCUUCAGUCAGAGGACCUGCUCUUCCUAAUGCGACACUCCUUCCUCUUAAAGCUGAGGACUAACCAAUUACAGGGGGAUUAAGCCUAACCCUACGGCUUCCUGUUCUACCACCCCGUGAAGAAGUGAACUGAGCAUUGUCAAACUAUUUUAGAGGACUUUCGUUUUUGUCGACUAUUUUGGGGGAUUUACUUCAUCGCCUUCAAUCCUUUUCCCUUUUUAAUACAUUUUUUGUUGUUGCUUUUUGAGGCCGUUCCUCUCCUUCUGUUUUUCCACUAUGGAGUUUCAUGUCAGGCUGUGGAAUAAAAAUUGGGGGUCAUUUCUGCGUUUCUGGUUGACAGUCCUCCUGAGCCUCAACUUGCACUUCAGCCGCCCCGCAGCCUCGUGCCCGGAGGAGUGCCGCUGCGACAAAACAUUUGUUUACUGCAACGARCGGAGCCUGACAUCGGUACCUCUGGGGGUGACAGAGGGCUACAAGAUCCUCUACCUCCACAAUAACCAGAUCAACAACGCUGGGUUCCCAUGGGAACUACACAAUGUGGCCUCCGUGGAGACUGUAUUUCUCUACGGCAACCAGCUGGAUGAGUUUCCUCUCAACCUGCCCAAGAACAUCCGGGUGCUCCACCUGCAGGAGAACAACAUCCAGACCAUCUCCAGGGCUGCCUUGGCCCAGCUUCCCCGCCUAGAGGAGCUCCACCUGGAUGAUAACUCCAUCUCUACCGUGGGGGUGGAGGAGGGGGCGUUCCGGGAGGCCGUCAGCCUCAAGCUGCUCUUCCUCACCAAGAACCACCUGAGCAGUGUCCCCAUUGGUCUUCCGGAGGACCUCAAGGAGCUGCGAUUGGACGAGAACCGCAUCGCCGUCAUCGCUGAGGAAGCGUUUCAGAACGUGACGCGGCUCCAACGCCUACUGCUGGAUGGGAACUUGUUGACGGACGAGGGCGUGGCCCCGGGGACGUUCCAGGAGCUGUCCACCCUCCGGGAGCUGGCGCUGGCUCGUAACUCUCUGACGUUCCCCCCACCMCUCCUCCCGACCCAGUCCCUGGUCAAGCUCAGCCUGCAGGAUAAUCAGAUGGACCAUAUUCCAGUGAUGGCCUUCUCUGACCUUCAGAGGCUCGAGAGACUGGAUAUAUCCAACAACCAGUUGCAGACGCUGACACAGGGGGUCUUUGACGGCCUCRUCAGCCUCAGACAGCUCACCGUUCGGAACAACCCGUGGCGCUGUGACUGCACYGUCAAAUGGGUGGUGGUGUGGCUCAAGUCGCUGCCAGGCUCCAUCAACGUGCGCGGGUUCAUGUGCCAGAGCCCUGAGAGGGUGCGCGGCAUGGCAAUCAGAGAACUCACCCUGGAUGCUAUCCAGUGCUCAGGCGGGACAGACCUCCAGCCCGACCUCUGGCCCACCCUGCGCUCUACGCCCCCACACCCCCAACUCCCCACCACCGCCUCCACCACCUUCCUUACCACCGCCAUGACCACUUCCAUCCCCAUCUCCACAUCUUCCUCCUACCUCACAUCGCCCUCCCUUCCCCCUGCCCUGCCUCCCCACCCCGCUGGCCCACUGCCCCCAUAUGAGGACCCCCUACGGAUAUCCUUCCAUGUGGUCAAUGCCUCCUGCAUCGAGGUAAGCUGGGCUUCCUACUUCACCGUCACAGCCUACAAGGUGACCUGGGUCAAGAUGGGCAAGAGCCUAAUGAGCGACGUCAGCCGCGAGAGGACGCUGAGUGGGGACAGGCGGAAGCUAAGCUUGACCAACCUGGAGCCCAAGUCAGUGUACCGGAUCUGUGUGUACGUACUGGACACCCUCAACUCCUACCGSCCAGGCGAGGAUACAAUAUGCUCCGAGGCCAGGACCAAGUCGUCCUCAUCCAACUCCAAUAACAACAAGGCCACAGGGUCAGAGCAAGCCCAACAGGACGCCCACUCCACCCUCCUUUUGGCCGGGGUGAUCGGUGGGGCCGUCCUGGUCGUCCUGGUAAUACUGCUGAGCCUGUUUUGUUGGCACAUGCACAAGAAGAGCCGCUCGGAGUCGUCCAAGUGGAAAUACAACCGGGGCAGGAGAAAAGACGACUACUGCGAGGCAGGKACCAAAAAGGAUAACUCUAUACUGGAAAUGACUGAGACCAGCUUUCAGAUAGUCUCGCUGAACAAUGAGCAACUUUUGAAAGGGGAUUUCAGGAUUCAGCCCAUCUACACACCCAACGGAGGCAUCGGCUUCAGAGACUGCCACCUCAGUGACAAUAGCUUAGCCUACUGCAAGAGCAGCAAUGUUCCCAGCACCGAGUUCUGCCACACGUGAUGCUUCUCACAGGAUAUUCCCACACCGGUUGUCUGACAGAAAAAGAAAAAAAAACUAGUUAAAUAUACUGUACCAUAUAUAUUUCCAAGUUCUGUCUACGAUGUAAUUUAUACUGUGGACAAUAAUGUGGAAUUCUAUCUGCAAUCUUUUUUAUUCUUAGUAAAAAAGGAAUACAUAUGUUUUUUCUAAUCAGCGGGUUUUAAAUACAGUAAGUGGUUUUUGCUCAAGUAUUGUCUGUACAUAGAAAUUUGUACAAUCACGGCACGCUGGGUUGGUUCUGACRAACGGUGUCCUGUCUGUCAGGUUUUUGGGUUGUUGGGCGCUAUGAGGGCUGGGACUCUUUGCUAACCACAGAAGCAAAAAUAUGGCCUUUGUGCAGAGCCACCCCCUCACAGAAACACUAGUUAAGAUAACACAGUGGGCUGGGAAAACUAACACUGCUGAUUAGACUGCAGUGGAAAAUAAGCACUGGUGGUAUUUUUUUAAAGAAUCAGAGUGCACUUCCAAAUGCAACAGAGAGUGUAAGCAGCCAUUCAAAUGAGCUUUUUGUGGAAAUCCCAUCAGAGGAAUGGGCACACUUUUCAACACCCCCUUUUGCCCUCACAAGACUAAGUGAACACGUUUGAAUGUGGAAGGGAUGGUAGGGAGACUACCUUAACAGGACUAAGUGAACACUUUUCAAUGUGGUAGGGAUGGGAGGGAUAUAGGUUUGCCUCCAUUGAUACAGGAGGUUUUUCCAGUUGUGGCCACUAGGGGGMAUGUUUUCUCAGUCAGUAUAGAGUAGAGAGAGAGGUAGCGGUAGUCUGAGAUCCCUUACCUCCAGCAUCCCAUGAGUCCAUUACCUCAGAUGCAUUACAUUACUCAUUCUCAAAUGGCAUUGUUUAGAGUAUUAAUGGUCGCGGAGCUACUUAUGGAAUCAUUUAAAAUGAACAGUGCUCAGCUCUGUUGUUCAGCGGCUAAAUGAUACGGAUAUUAUCAUGGCCGAGGUCCAUGAGGUUGUGUUGCGUGUCUUGUCUUUGCCGGGUGGUGUCUGCCGUGAUGAUGAAUGUGUAGGAGAUACACUCACAGACGUACAUUCCUCUGCCUUUUCUUUUGUCCUCCAUUGUUAAGUACUCAAAUGAAAAUUGAGUGAAUCACAAUAAACAAUCAAGGCGUU